AUGCGCGCUAGCCUCGCCUCCUACGCGCAAGACCACGCCACGGCCACCGCCAUGCCUGCCUUGGACGUCAUGCCGGAGAAGGCCCACCAGCCCGCCAUGUCGCCGUCGCACCACGGGCUUGGGUGGGACGCCAGCGGCGCCCCCACCCCCAUGCACAAGAGGCUGGACGGCAAGGUGGCCAUUGUCACCGGCGGCGCGCGGGGCAUCGGGGAGGCCAUCGUCAGGCUCUUCGUCAAGCACGGCGCCAAGGUGGUGAUCGCGGACAUCGACGACGCCGCCGGCGAGGCGCUGGCAGCCUCGCUGGGCCCGCACGUCGGCUUCGUGCGCUGCGACGUGUCGGUGGAGGAGGACGUGGAGCGCGCCGUCGACCGGGCGGUGUCGCGCUACGGCCGCCUCGACGUCUUCUGCAACAACGCCGGGGUGCUGGGCCGGCAGACCAGCGCCGCCAAGAGCAUCCUCACGUUCGACGCCGGCGAGUUCGACCGCGUGCUCCGCGUCAACGCGCUGGGCACCGCGCUCGGCAUGAAGCACGCCGGGCGCGCCAUGAUGGCCCGUCGCUACGGCAGCAUCGUCUCCAUCGCCAGCGUGGCCGGCGUGCUCGGCGGCCUCGGCCCGCACGCAUACACCGCCUCCAAGCACGCCAUCGUGGGGCUCACCAAGAACGCCGCCUGCGAGCUCGGCGCGCACGGCAUCCGCGUCAACUGCGUCUCGCCCUUCGGCGUCGCCACCCCAAUGCUCAUCAACGCGUGGCGCCAGGGCCACGACGCGUCAGCCGCCGACGACGCCGACGCCGACAUCGGCCUGGAGGUGGCCGUGCCGAGCGACCAGGAGGUGGAGAAGAUGGAGGAGGUGGUGAGGAGCCUCGCCACGCUCAAGGGGUCGACGCUGAGGCCCAGGGACAUCGCCGAGGCGGUGCUCUUCCUGGCCAGCGACGACUCGAGAUACGUGUCCGGCCACAACCUCGUGGUGGACGGCGGCGUCACCACCUCAAGAAACUUGAUCGGGCUGUGA